AGUAAUAUCUGUGUCUAGUACCAGUCUAGUAGUUGCUCACCUGCUGAUAAGUACAGCCUCUGUGGACACAUUAUGGGAAACUGCACUUCAAAUGCCAGAAGAAAGAAGAAAAGAAAAGGUGACUCUGCAUCAAGUGAUAAAACCAGCAAAGAUAAUGAGCCUGCUGAGGAUGUCAUGUACGCCUCCAUUGACCACAGAACUGUCCAAGAUUCAAAAACAACCAAAACUGUGUCUUAUGAUGAUUCUGACUAUGCCACAGUUAAUGUUCCAGCAAAACUUCAACCUGAGCCUGAGUCUGAGUGCUCAUCUAAAGAUGAGUAUGUACUUAUGGGGUAAAUACAGAGGUCAUUUGGGCAAGAUGUGGGGUUUCCAGUUUCCAGUUGAUCUGCUCAAGUUUGAUUCUCAAAAACAAAACUGACACAAAAAAAAAAAGAAAAAAAGCAUUUAAAGCUGGCUGAGAAAGAAAUGUUUUUCUCCACUUCUAAGGGACUUGAACAUACACACGAGUGAUGUUUCUCUCCCAGCCUACAUCACGUUUCGGCCUCUUUACAGUCAACGCUCAGCCUCAGGAAACUGGGAAUAUCUGGGGUAAACCUGAAGAUUGUCAACGAGUCAACAGUGGCAUCUCCACAUCUGAUCUCCAGAUCUGGACGUUGGUGUCCCACUAUACUGGAAGUUACACUAACAGUAUACAAAUCUAUCUAUCUAUCAUGAUUUUGCGGAUACAGGCUUGAUCUUUACCCUCUUUUUUUCUCCUCUUUGGUGCUUUACAACUGAUGCCUGUUUCUAGAUUUAAUCAUUUGUCUGAAUCUGUGUCUGUUCCGCCCUCUAAGCUUCAGCUAUGAUAUAUUUUUGUUGAAAUAGAAUCAAGGCUUUGACCAGUAUCAGUUUGGCCCAAUUUAAGUUACAUCACAAAAUUAUAGCUCUGACUGUUCAAUCAAAUUGUGUGUGCAGUGCAGUGGCCCCAUUAUCAAAUCCAUCAUGAAUAAAGGCAGCACAUAUUUACUCCUCAUUUUGCAACAUAACAAUAAUAAUAAUUAAGGCUUGAGGAUUUAUUGUUUAUUUAGUUUUUUGGAUGUGUGUUUAAUUGGAGUAAUGUUGCUCUAUUUUACCAGGUGUACCAUAGACUGCUUUUGAAGCUUCUUAUCAAUGCAAUGACCCUUUGACUUGAGAGAGAACAUGUUUGUGAUCAUCACAUCUACACAUGUAGUAAAUUACAGUUGCUGCAGCAUUUGCUUUAAAAGCAUAUUGUGCAUUACACCUUUAAUUACAAAAAACAAAAUCCAAUAUCUAUUAUGCUACCAUAUGUCAAAUGGUGUGACAGCAAUCAUCUGCUCCUAAACACCGCCAAGACCAGGGAGAUGGUUGUGGAUAUCCGGAGAUCCAGGUUGCCAGUUCUCAUCAGGAACCAGUUCUCAUUAAAGGGGACUGUGUGGAGGUGGUGCACACCUACAAAUACCUGGGAGUACAGCUGGAUGACAGGCUGGACUGGACCACCACACACAUGCUCUGUGCAGGAAAGGACAGAGUCGUCUGUACUUCCUUAGAAGGCUGGCAUCCUUCAAUGUCUGCAGGAAGCUGCUACAGACCUUCUACAGGUCUGUGGUAGCCCUCAUGUACUCAGUGGUGUGCUGGGGGUGGCAGCCUCACACACAGAAGGACACUUCACGCCUGGACAAACUAAUAAGGAAGGCAGGCUCUGUUAAAGGCACAGAACUGGACAGCCUGACAUCCAUAGCUGAGCGACGCACACUCAACAGGCUCCUGUCCAUCAUAGACAUUCCACACCAUCCACUACACAGCACCAAACACAGACAGAGGAGCAGCUUCUGUCAAUGUCCUGCUCCACAGACAGACUGAGGAGAUCAUCCCUCCCCCCAUGCCAUUAGACUCCUCAACCUGCAUCAUACAUGACACACACACACACACACACAUGUGCAUGCACACACUCACCUUUGCACCGUAAUGACGGAACUUUCUGAUUUAUAAUUCAUUUAUUUUUCAACGUCUUUUUAUAUUUUUUAUAUUUCAUAUUAUAUUAAGACUGUGCUUUGCAUGCCUCUUAUGCUUCUAUUUUGUAACAUAUUGCCAUAUAUGAGAUGAAUAAAGUAUCUAUCUAUCGACAGUGUACUCUCGGUGGACUGUGCUCUGUUUGUCACCAGCAGGUGGCAGAAGAGUUCCUGGAUUCUUUUUUUAGAAUCCAGGAACUCCCCCCAACUCCCCCCAACACACACUCUAUUUUUAGAGACAGUUCACUGCUGACAUGA